CUAAUGCUGUUUGCCGAGGUCAGACUGUCAUACAAGGAGCAAUUAUGACCGAUUCGCCUAGAAGAGGCAUUGAAUGUUCUUGUCUGGAUUGUAUUUAAGGGAUAGGGGUUUCCCACGGGUUACUUGAUCAGCAGCAGAAUCAAGUUAGCUUCUCUUUUCUCCUCUACAAUCCAGUCCAUCAUUUAUAAUGCAGUUCUUACUCCUCUCUCUCGCUACUUUCGCUGGCGUGGCAGUUGCCUCUCCCUUGGCUGGAAUUUCACUAUUUGACCGCCGACAAGAUAAUUGCACUACUUAUAGCAGUGUUGCUGCCGGAACUGUAUGCUACCAUACACCAUCCGAUUGUGGGUUCUCGCCUUGUGAAAUAUAAUUUGUGUUUGAAUCCCACUAAUUGUGGAAUUUAAGGCUCAGCAAAAUACCUUGUUCAAGCCGAUGAGACAUGUACAACUAUUGCGGCCCGUUUUAACAACUUCACCCUCUCUCAAUUUUACUACUGGAACCCGUACGUUUUUUCCUAUCAAUUCUUAUUCUCUAUCUCACAAGACCAGUGAUGUUGGACAAACAUGUUUUGGACUCCGAGCUUUCGUCCCCGUCUGUAUCAACACCCCAUGGUACACAUUCGUUCCACCAGUUCAAUCCGCCGCUGGCACCAUCGUUGAUGCCUCUGCAAAACCUGUUCCUGUUAUGCCAUCUAUCACAAGUCCCUGCAAGAAAUUUGAACUGGUUGGUUCGGGGCAGCGAGUUGAUUCUAUGGUUGCGGAGAAUAAAAUUACUUUGGACGAUUUCUUGACCUGGAACGCGUACAUUGACAAGACAAAUCCUGUUGCUUGGGAUGGAUAUUGGGUUUGUGUUGGCAUUUAGUUGUCUCAGAUGUUUGGAAUCAUUGAUAGGAGAUGGAAUGGUUGAAUCGGAGGGGAAAUGAUAGUGAUGUAGAAAUUUGGAUCUUGAGCGUGGGCACUGCGGAGACAAAAUUGUAACUAUCAUUAAUUUUCAGGUCGUUGUGGUGGAACUUUGAUAAAAAGAAUCAUUUGGUUGUACCUCUCUAAUAAGCCCUGAUAGACAGUACGGUAUAUAAGGAAUACAUUUAUUCAAAUUGCUGCUCCCUUUUUGCUUAUUCAAAAUUUAUUUGGCUAAAGAUUACUCGUUCUAUUAUAUAAAACUAGAUACAACUCAAAAUCCAACCGAAAUGUUCAUCAGGUGCCAAACAACAUCUCAUCUAAUACUGGCUCAGCUCAUCUCUGGAUGCAGGGACCCCACGCAGUCUCCCUUCCCUCCCAUUCACUUACUCACCAGCAACCAACCCACCAACCACCUCCCCCCCUUCCCCACCCCCACGACCACUCCCGAAGUUCUCCCUUCAUAACCCCAAAUAACACAUCCAACUUUCGCUAUUCGACCUAGCGUAAUUACGGGUUGCACUGGCGCAUGGGCACAACAGUCAGGAGGAAGACGUUAAUAAUUCCGCAAGCCGCGGCCUAUCGGAGCGAAGUAAUAAACCAACCAGAAAUGAUAUCUGAGUUUCCUUAAGAGUCUUGUACAGUUCCUGUACAUAGGUAAUUAAGUUUUUGCCAUUUUUUGGAAUUGUUUUUGGGGGUUUUUGCGGUGGUAAGGUGCAGGUGGUGAAUUGUGGGUGUCGCGUUGGCGCUUAGGACCUUCGUCGUAUUCUCAUUUGUGCAUCUACCAGAGGUACUAUUGUAUUCAACAAUAGUCUUCGCAAGACCUGCUUCCCAAUUAGCCCGACGUCGUAGUUAAAAAUGUUAUAUGCAAAUGCCUGUUUCAUCACAAAGGCGGCGUACCAUCGUUAGGGACAGGUAUACCUACCAUACCAAAGUGCAAGAAAAGUGGGAGUAGGAGAGACAAUGAGCUCACACUUAGGGUUGAAGGUCAAAGUAUUGGAAUAUGCUAGUUUCGUGAUAAACAAUUUGAGUUGGAAAUCCAAAACGAAUGCCUAGAUUACCCGAGAUGGUAUUCUCCUUCCGUAACGUCGCAAAAAAAAAAAAUGUGACCGAGACAUCCGAAAAGCCGCAUUGAUUCUUAUAUAGUGGAAUCAACUCUGAAAAUAGAGUCAACAGCCUCUGUCGAGUCGAGACUGACAGCGAGUGUUACUGACACAAGUAAACAUGUUAGAGUCUCGUCAGUUGAGGCCAUCUUCAUACACCGCUAUCAAUGAUUUCCAAACGAUGAAAGGGUGAAUUAAAGAAGUCAUCUAGGAAAAAUCCUUACUCAUUUGCCAAAGGAAUCAGUAGCUUGUACAAGAGAAAAGAAUUAUACGGAGAGGGGGAGAAUACAAUUUCGGUACUCUGUGGUGGUCAAGUAAGCAGAGAACAGCAAUUCCCCCCGCAUACUAGUAGCAUAACUUUACCGAAUUCUAUUUCUCUUUGGGGAAGAGGAUCGGAUUGGGCUAGAACUGCAUUAGUACCCUAUUUCGGGCUUACAUUAUCUGCUAUAUAUAGCCGUCAUCCCAACGGAAACGAUAGAGCAACUCGGCUCAACACCGACUUCUCACACAUCAAUUUUUCAAGCCUCAAGCAACCCAUUGAUAACGCUGAAGAUGGAAUCUGCUCUUAAGCAACUCAAGCUUGCAAUAGCGGAGGGCGUUGAAAAAGACCAGCGUCCGGAAUACAUGCUUCAAAUUCAACAUCUGGCAUAUUCUUUGGAAGAAACAAAUGAAACCAAUCAUAGAUAUGGUCAAGGGGUAAUCGGGUUCUAUUUUUUGUUCCAAAAGAUACCAGUUGCUAACAAAAUAUUCAGAAUCUUUCGAUGUGCUUGUGUAAAGGUUGCCCUCAAUCUGGGGAUUUUCGAGCAAUUGGCAGCGUCAGAAGGCCCUCUGAGCUUGCGAGACAUUGUCAAAAGGACCGGUGGAAACGAAGUAUUAUUAAGUAAGAAAUGUUUAAGCAUGAGUACUGGCAAGUUCGCUAAUCCUUCCUUACACAGAUAGAUUGAUGAGGUUUCUAUCUGCUAUUGGUACAGUACAAGAGACUGGGAAGGGUCAAUUUAUUGCCAACAAUGUGACAAAAAACCUCGCCGAAAGGGUCGCGAAAGCAGGCAUAUCACACUUGUAAGUUUAUGAAGGUAAGACCUCCCCUUUUGGUAAACAAACAAUAACGUCGGCCCUAGUUUCGAAACAACAGCACCGCUAGCACAAUCUUUACCCCGCUACCUUGAGGAAAACAAAUACCAGAAUCCAGAUCAUGAGUUGAAUACCACAUUCCAAGCUGCCCACAAAACCAACUUGUCUACAUUUGAAUGGAUGGCCGAGCAUCCGGAUCAUCUUGCUUUUUUCAACGAUUACAUGGCCCUGCGGCGAGAGCCCAAUGUGACCUGGCUUACUGUGUAUCCAGUUCAAGAGGAGACGAAAGACUGGGAUCCUUCAAAGGCAGUAUUUGUCGAUGUUGGUGGCGGAAUUGGGCAUCAGUGCGCUCAGUUCAAAGAGAAGUACCCGGACGUGCCCGGCCUCAUUAUUCUCCAGGAUAUGCCCCACUCUAUCGCAGUUGCCUUGAACACGCCUAAAGUGGAGAAUAUGGUGCAUGACUUCUUCGAACCACAACCAAUCAAGGGUAGGUGUCUGUUGGCUUAUUUUCCAAUCCUCGAUGCUAAAGGCUUUCUAGGCGCUAAGUUCUACCAUAUGAGAGGGAUUCUACAUGACCACUGUUCUUACAAAGCCCGACAAGCCCUAGAAGCAACCAAAUCGGCAAUGACAUCAGAAUCCAUUUUGCUCAUUGAUGAGAUGAUCUUUCCGGAGGUAUGUGUCAACAGCCACUGUGCGUCGAUUGAUAUUACUAAGUUGGAAGUGCUAGCGGGAAUGGAGAGGACUGAGGAGCAAUGGAAGGCGACACUCGAAGAUGUGGGUCUUGAGUUGGUGAAUAGUUACACAUACAAUCCCUUGAGCUACGAGAGUGUUAUAAAUGUUCGGCUUCCAAUGGUCUAGUGCCUUGUAUCGAACAUCGCUUUAACCGAAGAUACUGUAGAUGGACCAACAAAGAUCAGAUUUUUUGUAUCGAUGGAAUGAUUUAUUGUCGAUACGAAUUCUAUAAGUUAGUAGUUUUAUU